AUGUUAUUUAAUUUUUUAAUAAUUUUUAUUUUAAAUUUAUUUGUUUCUUCUAAAGUUGAAAAGAAAAAUGAAAUUAAAUGUGGAAUUUCGUCUUUAAAUAAUUUUAGUAGAUUUGAUUAUUUGGUUAGUAAAAAUAAAUUUAUAAAAAAUCUUUUUAAUCUUUUUUAUACAUAA